UCUCCUGUAUUUGAAGAAACCCUAGCCGCCUCCUCUCUCUCUCUCUCUCUCUCGUCCAACAUCUGUGGAGAAGAGGAGCAAAGUCGAGCGGGUUCACAGGGUUUCACUUCACCAACACUCGCUCUUCGAAAAGGUGUCUGUGUCUGGUUGGAGUAAUUGUAUUAGUCGACAAUGGGAGUGGAAUUAGCAACCGAUAGAGCUGGAUUUCAUGAAAUGGAAGAAGUUAAUUUCAGUGAUUCGGAGUUAGUCUAUCAUGUCAGACACGCUCUUCAAUCAGUCCCCUUGGGUGAUAGUGACAGUUAUGACCAGCUGAUUGGGGUACUGCACCAUAAGGAACGCCUUGCUCCUGACGAGGUGGCUCUGUUAGUGACGAGUUUAAAGGCCCUAUCUGGAGCAGUUUCUUGCAUAGAUAUGGUUCACCAUAAGUCUUUGCUUUCUUCUAUUUUUGGAAUGAGCCUCUGGAACUAUGGACCUGAUGUAAUGGAUGCGUUGCUUGAACUAAUUUUAUCCUUGGCUGCUUCUAGUGGGAAUUAUCUUGAUUGUUCUUUGGAUAUGCUUGUCAGCAACUUUAUGCCCCCUUAUUCUUUGCUAGAUUUUCUGAAGCAGCCACGUGGUCUUGCAAGGAAAGACCAAGUUCUUUCACGCGUGCAUUCAACAUUGAAGGAUAUUGCUGAUCUGGUGCCUCUAGCCCCCUCAAGACUUGUUCCAAUAGUAAUCCAGAGAAUGCCUAAUGUGUUUACGAAGGAACCUUUGAUUAUGAUAUAUGUGGAGAACAUGUUAAGGUUGGAGGGUGGUGCGAUUCGAGAACUUGUUGGGAACAUGAUGCUUGUGGCACUGAUGGACAGGCUGGUAGACUUGGAUGUAGAGAUUGCAUGGGAGGAAGUCUUACAAGAUGACUGCAGCAAAGGCAUAUUUGAGAUGGAGCUAGAAGACAUGGAGGAGCCUGCAGAUGAUGUUGAAAAUGAUGGUGGUGAGCUUCAUAGAGGAUCUUUAAGUCGAAAGAGUUUAGGGGGAAAUUUAAUUGCUGAAAAAUUAGAUAGCUUGAUGGUGCUAACUUUCGAACAUCUUGAAUCUUGUGAAGCGGGUGGCCGUUUGAUUGAGGUAUUUGAAACUCUUGUACUAUCAUUUCAGACAACUGUUUUGAAUGCAUUCAAGUCAAAAUUUGCUCAGUUUGUGAUGUUCUAUGCCUGUGCUCUCGACCCUGAAAAUUGUGGUGUGAGAUUUGCUAGGGUGCUUGCAGAUUUUUUUGUUUGCAGUACUUUUCCACCGCUUAACAGAAUGAGUGCUGUUGCUUACCUUGCAAGUUAUUUGUCCCGUGGGAAGUUUCUGACAGCCUCCUUUGUUGCUAAUAUAUUGGAAAGGCUGGUGGUUUGGUGUUUGGAAUAUUGCAAAAUCCAUGAUGGUGACAUAAAUCCUAAAGCUCAUCGAGUUUUUUAUUCUGGAUGUCAGGCCAUCAUGUAUGUGCUCUGCUUCCGAAUGAGGUCAAUGAUGAAUGUUCCUCAUCUCAGAUCACAGCUUCUCCUUUUGCCUCUGGAGACAAUCUUGAAGCAUCCAUUAAGUCCAUUGAAGGUAUGCCUACCAUCCAUAGUGGAGGAAUUCCUUCGCCAGGCAAAAGCAGCUCGGUUAUUCACCGUGUCAGAGACCUUUAUUUUUAGUGACCUGUUGGAGUCGGAACUUUCCAGGGCUUUUGGUGGGAUUGAAAGGCUUGACAUGUUCUUCCCAUUCGACCCAUGUUUGCUGAAAAAAAGUGACAGGUUCAUCAGGCCAAAUUUUGUGUACUGGUCAAUGAUCCGAACUACUUAUGAUGAUGGAGAAGAUAGCAGUGAUGAAGAACCUGCUGAGGAUUAUGAGGCUAGUCAUCCAGACGAUGUUAUGAAUGAUGAUGCAAUGGCUAGAAGCUAUGAUAGUCAUGACCUUGAACUUGAUGAGUUCGACCACUCAAUGAACAAAAUGUCCAUCACACCCAAGAAUUCUUUGUAUUACAGGUUUGGAGAUGAAUUAAAGGUACAAAUGCCCUCAAGAAUCAGACCCUCUACAAGCCCAGAGUCAUUAUGAUCCCUUCAUGCCUACUGGGUAGACGAGGAAUGGAAUUUUGCUCUCACACUGACAGAAGAGUAACCUGAUAAUUGAUGAGUGGUUGCUCCUGUCUCUUGAAAAGGUGAGCCAAUUUUGAUCAGAGGUUGCUCCAACCAGUCUCUUCAAAGUUAAGUUGUGGGUUGGCCUGAAUAGAUAGAAAAUGUGUUGUAUACGAUUUUGCUACAUCAUUCGCCCGAUCAUAUAUCAUAUCUCAUAUCUCAUAUAUAUAUAAGUAGCAGUCCUGUGAUUGGUCAAACGUUGGUUUUAGUUCAUGAUUACUGUAUUUCAAAUUCACUCACUGGGCCGAGCUAAAAUGAAGCUGAAUCAGGCCUUAAAAAUCAAAUGUUGUAUGGUGAUAUUAUCAAAUAAUGAGAAAGGAUGUCGGUAGGGUGCUUUGGUUGUGGUUGUAUCA